CCUAAUACGAAGUACUAACACUUAGACUCUCGAUUGGUUAUUGUGGUUAUUUUUUUAUAUAGGUUCAAUACUUCAACAACAUGAAUUCUUUGGUGAUCGUCAUGGUCGUCGUGUUCGUAGCCGCUGCUGCCGAAGUAAAGAUCCCUCGAGCCGUCAAGGACGAGAAACGCGAAAUCUCAUCGUUCGGCAACGGCGGUGGUGGCGCGGUCGUCGUGCAACCGACACCGCAGCCCGCGCAACCCGCGUCCAACACGGUACCGACUGCGUACCAGCCGAGUUAUUUGCCCACUUGCGUGGUGCAACCGAACGGCAACCCGUCGGUACCGGCGUACUACCCCGGCGCGGAGUCGUACGUGCCCGCGGCCCAGUACCAGCCGUCUCAAUAUCCGGUCGCGUACCAGCCGUCUCAAUAUCCGGCCGCGUACCAGCCGUCUCAAUAUCCGAUCGUGUACCAGCCGUCUCAGUAUCCGGCCGCCUAUCAACCGUCACACUAUCCGGCCGCGUACCAGCCGUCUCAAUAUCCAGCCGCGUACCAGCCGUCUCAAUAUCCAGCCGCGUACCAGCCGUCGCAAUACCCGGCUGUCUUCCAACCGUCGCAGUAUCCGAUCACCUACCAACCUUCACAGUAUCCGAUCGCCUAUCAACCGUCGCAAUAUCCGGUCGCGUACCAGCCGCAACAAUCCUCGAGUCCGGUUCCGUAUUCUUACAGUUACUUCAGUUCGUCGUCGCCCAACAACGGUAACAACGUCAACGGCAACGCGCCCGUGGUGUCGACGAAAAAAUAAUACGUUUUGGACGACCGAAUGGACGGCACCCGGUUAUUAUAAUAUAUUCCCGUAAUAAUAAUAUGCUGUCGAAACGAUACGUCGAUCGGACGAAAUGAAUAAACUCUAACAGUUUUUAAGACAA